UGCUUUGAAACUUGCGAAGGAAAGUUUGAAGUUGAGAACUUACGAUCUGCAACAAGUGCAGGGACAGAACGAGGAGGUGCAGAAUCUACCGAAGGGGAUGCCGGCCACGCUGUAAAAAGGGCAAUCUCCCUACUUAAUGGGAUUUCAAAUAUUGAUAGGAGUCCCAUUGUUACACACCAUCGCCCCAAACCCCCUCUCAGCUCGCCAUCCUGUCCACAGCGGUCAGUCAGGAGAGUGGUCAAAACCUUGUGCUGUGCCCUGUGUGGAGAAAUUAAAUACACGCCCCCUAAGAGAAGGAAGCUGACCAGGGUUGAGCCAGUUGGAGUGACAGGCAGAGGCAGGGCCAGUGUCCUCAGCAGAGUAGUAGGGCUUGAGCAGCCUACGGUCAGGGUUAAAACCAGGAAGAAUUUCACCUCCACCAUUAAGGCCCCCAAGAAGCUGGUGAUCUGGAUAGGGAGGUACCCCAAGGUCAAGCUCUGCGAUGUAGCUCAAGUAUGUGACAUCUCGGUUGGGGGCUUUUCCUGCCUGCUGCCGGCCCAACUCCUGACUUCCAAAGUAGUGCAUUGUUUCAAGUGGGACUAUCGGAGCAAAGUUGGUCUGUUAGGGCCUAGUUGUUGCAGCAGAGGGAGCCAUGGGAGUGAGAUGACCUGGGAGCGCAUUAGUAGAAAGAAGUUGCAUCACUGUUCUCAGUGUGGGAAGAAUGGUCAGCUUUUGACGCAGACUGAAAUUCACCAGUGCAUGCACACGGGGGCGCACAGAUUGACUGAGUCAAAUCGUUCUGCAUCUCUCGCUGCCUCGGAUCGCGGGAUGUCUGAAGCCUCCACCAAUGGUUUUGCUUGUCUCUCACUAGGUAAGCAGCAGGUGAGCAGGGGGUCAAGCGGGGCUGGAACGCAUGACAGAGGCAUUCUUGAAGACUCUGGAACAGGAAGUGAUGACGUAGAAACAGGAAAGCCAUUUGCUAAGCGGAUGAGAUUGGUUUAUGUCCACGGAGACCUAAUGGAGCAAAAACAUUCUAGUCCAAGUGAACCAGAACUGGAUCCUGGGAUAGCUAUCGCUUCCCUUGAAGACAGUGGGACGAUGUCUGAGAUGCCAUGUGAGGUCCCGCCACAUUUACACACAAGUCAUGUCCUUCGUAGUCAUAGCAACGCUACAGAUGCUCCUGUGAGAUCACACCACUUUAUGACACAGGAUGGAGGCUGGAGGGGAGGGCCCGGGGGAGGUGACAGUUCACUGGAGUCCCCUGCCAACGGGACGCUGUCUCCCUGGUCCGUGGAGAACGGAGUGGGAGUAGACCCCCCCUCUGACAGCGACACUGAGGACCAAGACCUGUUCUCCUGUCGUAGAGUGGUGGCCUACAUCAAGAGGCUGCACCUGUCCUGUGCACGCACCUACCUCUCCUGGCCCUUCCCCAAACCUGAUUCUGCACAGUCACUCUCUGUGACAUCAUCAGUCCUCAACGCAAAUGGAUCACUGACACCCCCAGUGGAGGUGAACGGAUAUGGAGACUCACUGGUGAGGGCUGAGAGAACCAGAGUUCUCACCUCUCACUGUACACUCACUGAAUACACUCCACAGACAAGCUACCAGGUCUAUGCUCAUAGGAAUGGGAUGAAGGGAGAGGGAAACAUGAUGGAAGAGAAAGACAUGAGCAAUGGAAGAGGAGGAGAAGAGGAUGAGAGCGUGACCCAGUGUUCACUCUCUCCUGACACUUCAAGCAAGGUGUACCCAUCCCAUCCUCUCUGUAACAAGAAGCCACAGUCCCAACUCAGAACUAGGGGUCUCCAUCGCAACAAAGCUUCCAUAUCCCCUCCACCUAAAGCUCCCACCAUCUCCGCCCUCCUCACCCCACCCAAAAACCACAGUGAAACUGAUCCAAUUCUUUCAGUUUCCUCCAACCUUUCUCAAACUGACACAGACACUGUUUCUUGCCUCUCUCCACCCAAAACUGACUCUGUCUCAACCUUCCCUCCAGCUAAAGUCAGUGGCGGUGGUGAGACAGCCUCCACCCCCCCUCCUAUAGGCGUUGGUAGUGACAUAGCCACUGCCGCCUUUCUGCUGUUCUCAUCUGCAUCCCAAAACAUAGAGACAUCCCCACCACCCCCCUCUCCUACUCCCUCCUCUCUUACUCCCUCCUCCCCUCGGAGGAAGGAUGAAGGUGGGGCUAUGUUCAAUGCAACAUCCUCCCCAUCAGCUGUGGACAGUAAGACUGACACCUCUCACUCAAACUCCUUUCACUCAGCAGAGUCAUCCCCUCUUCCACCAGAUUUAUCCUGUCUUUCAGCUGAAUCCUCCUUUCUCUCAUCCAGCUCCUCACUUCUGCCUCAAGAAAAAAGAAAGGCAGAGGGAGUGGAGGUGCAGAGCAGAGAGGGAGAUGAAAUUAAAGGAGAGGCGGCUGCGAGUGGAGAACUGAAGGUUUUGGUUUUACCAGGCAGUGAGUCCUCCAGUCCAGAGAAGCAGGAGCACCAGCGUCCAGAGCAGAAGAGCACACAGGGGGGCUCGUCGCUUGGCAAGCCCAAAGAGGGAGAGGCUGUGGUGGCCACGAUCAGUAACCUCGCCCCUGGGAUUCUUGGAGGUCAAACACCAAUGCUGUGCAUAACACGCCUGAUGCUGCAGACACAGAGCUACUCAGAAGAGGAUGAUGACUUUGUAGACCAGAAAGAGAAGUUGUCCAGUGCAGUAGGUGUUGGAACACAGGCCCAGGCAUCCUCCACUGAUGAAGAUGAUGGUACAUGUGGUGAAGAGGGGACACUAGAGCCUGUUAGAACCCAGCCCUGUACUGAUGAAGAUGAUGUCGAUCAUCAUAAUCAGUCCAAGGUCACGUCUGAGAACCAGGAAUCCGGCACUCCUUCCUCUUCCGGGUCACACACUCAACACCAGGAAGUAGAAGUUAGGGCAGGGUCAAAAGUCAAGCUGGCUAGUGACCCCAAAGCUCACCUCUUGGAUGAGUUCACAGCCUACGAGCAGGACAUCCUGCUUGUAGAUGUUCUCCUAGAUGACCCAGAGCUGUUUGGCAGCUUGCCUCAGGACCUUGAACCCAUGCUGGGGUCAACCAGGGGACGAAGGGCCCCUAGAGCCAGGACCACCAUUGGGGCAGGGAGAGCCCUACUACUCACGGGUGCAGGUCCCUCAUGGGCCACUGAGAAAAGCUCCCCCACGGGUACAGAUGGGCCUCCUGGUUUUAAGACUGACCAGAGAAGAAUUAUCCACUUUAAAGAUGAGGAGAGUGCAGGACGGUCUUGGAGACCUGAAGCCAGCUCCAACCCUAAGCCUGCCCUGGUCCACAGCAACAGCUGGCCCCCUACUGUCCACGCGUUACAUCCAGACCAGGGUGGAACUGACUACAACUACAGUCCUAUGAAGGCAGAGAUCUCUGAGAGGGCCCAGGCCUUCCAGUCUCUGAACUCAUUUAAGAGCACACUGCCUUAUCUGAUGACUGGAGACUCCUGGUGCAACGGACAUACAACCUCAUGUGAAGACCCAGCGGCAGCAGACACUGGCCCUCAAAGACAAUUUGACAGUUAUUGCAAGUACUAUUUCAGCAUGUCGGACUGUUUCCAUAAGACCUGUUGGUUCCUCCAUGUGCCCAAGAGAGGAGACGAGAAGUUCUGUGUGGAGACGGUGUUGAGGUUUGUCAGGUCUUCCAACCCUGUCUGUCUGCAGAGGGCAGUGUCAGUGUUUACGUCGUACUACCAGUUCAGUCCUCCAGGUGUCUACCACACCCCUCUGGUCCUGAAUUCUCUCCUGGCCGCUCUGCUCAAAGCUGGCUUUCUGUCUGACAUCAUCACGGUGCUGCACGUCAGCACUGCCCACAACAUACUGCCCAGUCCAGCGUUUCUCCUGGCUCUGUUUGACUAUGUGGGAGAGAGAGACCAAUCCAUCUUACCUGAACUCAUUCAACUCACCUCUAAGAUGGUGGAUGCAGGCUUGGGGUUAAAUGUGGACCAAUGUGAGCGUGUCCUACACAUGUUCCUUCAGUCGCCACAAUACCACCCAGCAGACUCACCUGAGAAUUACACAACUAAACCUGGCAACCACAGGUCGAUGAACACCGACGCUCCCACUCCUGAAGCGCUGAGUCUGGCCCAUGCUCUCGUGGAGUUGUGUUCCCAGCAGGAGGACUGGGGGAGGUUGGGUGUAGUCUUCCGCUCCAUAUGCCACUCCCACAGAAGCCUUGUCGACUUACAGCACUUCAGCGGCUGCGUUGCCAUCGCGCUGCUCGAGGGGGACAAAGACAGACUAGCCCUGCCCUUCGCCUCCUUCACUGAGACAGUGUACCAGGAGACAGAGGACUGGGAUGAUGGUCUGAUCAAGAGCUUCCUGGGGAGAAUAGGAGUCUCUCUGAUGUUCAGAUACCACAAGACACAACAAUGGGCCAAGGGCCGGAGGCUGGUGGAUGUGUUAUCCAGGUUAAAGGUAAACUACUCCACUCUGAAGGGACUGUUCGGCAACGAGGAUGGAGCUUCUCGCUGUCACCUGAUCACAAUAGCUACAGAACUUUUCCUUAGGGGCGACAGUGUUGAGGGGGCACUCAAUACACUCCGAGAUAACGAGUGGUUCCUGAGUUCGUGUGUGUGGCCGUGUUCGGUGGAGGACGUAGCGGAGAGAACAACUGUUCUGGUACGACUGGCUGAGAUAACAUCCCACAGAGACACACUGGAGGUCCUCACUAACUUGCCUGGUCUUAAGGAACCUGCAGACCUAGCAGACAUCUCCAUAUACAGCUGUCUGUUCAACAGUCACCUCAAGUCAUGUGUCGACAGACAAACUGUGACUGUAGCCUCAGACACGCUGGGUUUCAUGUUGUCUAAGAACCUGGCUGUGGACCCUCCUCUGCUGCACACUCUGCUGCACAAACUGGGCAAGCAAAACAUCUGGCUACGGGCUAGAGCUCUCUUCAAACAGGCCCUGUGUCUAGGCUAUUACCCUGGUGUGAAGUCCGUGCCAGGCUCUCUAGCACUGACCGUUCCCUGUUCCCUGGGGGAGAUUGAGAUAGCUCUGGCCUUUGAGAUGGUCCUCACCUUCAAUGCUACAACCAUCCUCAACACAACAGGCACACCACAGUCCAUCAUCAUCACACUCAAGAGAACAGGGGACCGUGAGAGUGAGUACUUGGCGGCAGGCAGUCGCCUCCUCUCGGCAGCGAUCGUCCCCAACCCUAAACUGACCGUCCACUAUACAGCGGUCAACUCCUGUCAGGAACAGCUGUUCACGGUCGACACACACACCGCACGCCGCUGGCUCCGACACAACCACACCUGGGCCAACGAGGUCUGGACACAUUCCUAAAAAUAAGUGUUCCAGGAAUACUGACCUACGUUCCCUUCCUGGGAAUACCAGGAAGGUUUGGAACAGGACAAGGUUGUACUGAACACUUCCAUGGCUGUGUGUGUGACACUCUUCGAAGUUUAACCUGCAGCAUCUAGACUUUACAGGCUGAUCUGAUCAAGGGAUUUAUAUCAAGAAAAGACUAUCAGAACUGCAUAUAAUUGUUGUGAGUUUUUUACAAAACUUAAUUGUAUGUUGAGGUUCUUCAUUGUAAGUCGUUUUAAUUUAAAGGAAAUGUUGAAUGGAGGCGAAAGUACGAACUUUCCAAGUUUGUUUGGCUUUGACUAGAUUUUGUUUGAAAAAUGUGGUUUAUUUGAAAGUUCUCUAAUUUUAGCUUGAUUUAGCUUGAUUGUCUUUAAACACUUUUUGUUGCACAUUUCUGAGGCACUUGAACAAUUGUGAAGCUAGAUUUUACUGUUUUGUAAGAAAUGUAAAAAAGAUUAAAGAAUGUCGCUAUUGAACUUGACUACAAGGUUUGUUUCAGAAAAUGUUUAUUUUCCUUAGAAUUUGUUUCUAGGCAGAUUUAAAAGCCUAAGAUGUUUUAUUUUGAGUCAGUCAGCUCUUUCAGUAAUACUACAUUUUAAUGGAAUAAAUUCACAACAGUACUAUUAUUAUUGUAAAGAAACAAGCGUGUCCCAACUCUAUGAUCUCACUGAUUGAGACAGACAUUUUGAUCCCAGUUAACCUAAUGGUCCCAGCUGGAAUCACAUCAGUGUUUACGACAUCCCUGAUUUCUUUACAUUCCUAUUCUGUUUCCUUUUCCAGUGCAAAAUCAUUCAAUUCUUCUCGUGCUUCAAAGUGAUUGUCGAGAACCUGGUUCUCUGUUCUAAGUCUAUCGCCGGUUCUAGCGAUGAACAGUAUUUCAGCAUCUUCUACUGUAGGUAUGUUUGGUUGUGUAAAACACAUUGUUUUCUGGAACAACAGUCUAGAAGCUUCUAUUUAGUUUUAGUCUUGUAUUUCUUAAAGGAAAAAUAAACUACUACUGACU